CUGUCUGGGGUUAAGGAGGAAGUGACGGCAAAGGCGACGAUGGCGGCUCGCAGUUCGGUUCCGGAUUCGCUGUAAAGCAGAAGGGGGUUUGAUGGCGACUGUUUUGAGUUCUGGUGUUUUAGGGACUUUAUUAUAUUUCACCUAAAAAGCGAGGAAUUAUAGCAGAACAGACCGUGGACACUGGAAGUUCAGACUUGUUUUUUCCGGCUUUAGAAAUCGGACUGGAAGCACAACAAACUUACUAGCUUGGCUGGCUAGCCACCUUGCGACUUCUUGGCUUUAACAGCUCCCCAUGGAUAUCGACCGCUAGCCGGCUUGCGGAUUCAUUCACCUUCCAGUCAGUUGGCUUUUGUGAACUUUUAAUAUUUUAUUUAUUGAUUUUUUUUAGUAGGCGAAAUCUUUUCUACGGAGGCUUAGGCGCUUUCUUGACCCGGUGCCCGUCGGUCCGGACGGGUUCAGCACGUUUUUAAGCAACCCCCUUUCCCUCCUCCUCCCCCUCUCUAUGAGAGGUUCUGUUGAGGGUAAGCUCGGUCUGACUAGUUCCCUGGUCGAGUGAAAGUGUUCGGUUGAUAGAGACUGCUGUAACUAUCCAGCCCUUUGGUCCGCCCGGGUCGCGCGCGGGCGUUCGCGUGGCUGCCGACAUGCUGAAGACCCGACAGUGGCUGCUCGGGAUCCGCACUUUCCUCGGCUUGACGUCCAGAAUAUGGGGCUUCAUCCUGUACCUGCUCAGGAAGCAUCUACGCACGAUAAUCCAGUACCAGACAGUGCGUUAUGACAUUUUACCUCUGUCACCUGUCUCCAGAAACAGACUCAAUGCGGUGAAGAGGAAGAUUCUGGUUCUGGAUCUGGACGAGACACUAAUCCACUCCCACCACGAUGGGGUCUUGAGGCCCACAGUGCGACCCGGUACGCCGCCGGACUUCAUCCUCAAGGUGGUUAUAGACAAACAUCCAGUCAGAUUUUUUGUACAUAAAAGACCACAUGUGGAUUUUUUCCUAGAAGUGGUCAGUCAGUGGUAUGAGCUCGUCGUGUUUACGGCCAGUAUGGAAAUCUAUGGGUCUGCAGUCGCGGACAAGCUGGACAACAACAGGGGGAUUCUGAGACGGAGAUACUACAGACAGCACUGUACCCUAGACCUGGGUAGUUAUAUAAAAGACCUGUCAGUGGUACACAACGACCUCUCCAGUAUCGUUAUCCUGGACAACUCACCCGGAGCUUACCGGAGUCACCCAGACAACGCGAUACCAAUUAAGUCCUGGUUCAGCGAUCCCAGCGACACAGCACUUUUGAAUCUGCUGCCCAUGUUGGACGCACUAAGGUUUACAGCUGACGUCAGAUCCGUCCUCAGUCGAAACCUCCACCAGCAUCGGCUUUGGUGAUAGUCCAGUGGGGGCCACAUCUAGAUCUGGGCCCUCAGUUUUCCCUUCCCCAUCCCACGGCUGCUGCCCCCAAAACACCCCCCUUCACCCGCCAGUCACACCAUUGACCUCUCAUUGCUCCACAAUACCCCCACUACCACCGCCACCCAUCAUUAUGGAGUGGUGUGGAGAUGGGCUUGGGGGACGAAGAGGAAGAUGGAGGAGGGAUGAGGGGAGUGUGGCAGCCAAACAGGGAACUGGAAAUUAGCUGGGGCACCAGCUGUUUUUUCUUCAGAAAGUCUCUGCCUUACAGUUUCUGAUACAGUGUGUGCAUGUGUGGUGUAUGUCUGUGCACGCGUGCAGGAGUACGCUCAUGUUUUGUCUUUUUAAUUCACGACGACAAAACUGAACAGGUAAACGGACAGAGACAAUGAAGCCGGCCUGUUUCCUUUAUUUACAACCACCCCCCAACCUGAACUGGCACAGACCUAUUCCCAAACUGCCCCCCCCUUCCCAUCCCACUCGGCAAACUCAUCACCUGUCACAUGGAUUUUCAUUUACUGAAUGAAGCCAAAAGGAAAAAGGACUAAAGAAUCUGGACCACCCCCUAUUUCCCAGAAAGGGGGUACUGGCAAUGGUACUGAGGAUUUUAGUGGGGUGGGGGGUGAAGGUUACGGUUAGUCUUAGUACAUUUCCACAGACCGUAUAAUUUUGCCUAUGAAGAAAGAAGUUAUUUUUCAUAUGUAUAUAUUGAAAUGGCAGGAAGAAAUCAGUGGUCUCAUUUUGUUGAACAUUAUUAUUCAUAAUUGAAGUUCAGCUUACAGAUACAGGAGAUUAAGAUGCAAAUGAAAGUAUCAAAGAACCAUUUUGAAUGUGUAGAGAUUACCCACCUCAUUUCCUUUCCCAGUCUGCUCCAGUAACCAGUAAAUAGGCCUAACCAGAAGUCACCAACAACUGGAAAGCUGUUGAUUAUAAUUUCUUCCAUUUUAUAACUAUGCCUCAUUUAUCUAUAUUUUUUUAAAACUGAACGGGAACCCCCCCCCCCCACACACACACACACACACACACACUCUGUUUCUUCUGUUUUUAUGUACCCCCUUUUCCUUCCAUGUAAUUGUCAUUUGAACAAUUUUAGUCUAGUAAAUACUUCAGGCGGCCUCUCUUUGACUCGGUCCCCAGGUCUGUGCGUGUUACUAAUAAAACACUUAUCAGUAUCAACCGCUCUGUCCAUCGGGCUGUCCUUUUA